AGAGUUGAGGAUCUCUUCAGUGAAUAACUUGCAGCUUAAAGGAAGGACGAGAGUAACUGAAGCUGAAAAAUUCAGGUUCCCAUAACACUAGGGACCAAAGAAGCAUACGUAACAUUUCUGUGGUGCUGGGACCAACCUUCUGAAAGAAGACUCUGAAAUAACUUUUUGCCUUCAAGUUGGCCUGGGACUGACUUGUCUUUGCAGAAGAGCUCAACAGAGAAAAGAUUUUCACAUUGGAAUCAUUAUAAAUAAACCUAUUUAAAGAACUUGUUACCUGAAGACAGAUUUACGGAGGCUGAGUCCUGCUUUUCAUCUGUGUUAUCACUUCAGACUGUAAACAAUGAGUGAGUUUUGGUUGUGUUUCAACUGCUGUAUUGCAGAACAGCCUCAGCCUAAAAGACGACGGCGGAUUGACAGAAGCAUGAUUGGGGAGCCAACAAAUUUCGUUCACACAGCUCAUGUAGGAUCAGGAGACCUAUUCAGUGGAAUGAAUUCAGUCAGCUCCAUUCAGAACCAAAUGCAGUCCAAGGGAGGCUAUGGAGGUGGCAUGUCUGCAAAUGUUCAGAUGCAGCUUGUAGAUACAAAGGCAGGAUAACUUCGGGGAAACCUUUCCAGCUUAUGUGGGUUCCUGUAUCUUCUUUCCUGUGUCCCUUCUUUUGCCUUGGUGACUGCUUUCUGUGCUCAUGACAAGAGAAUUGAUGGCUCAUUGUUCACCCUUUGUGAUUACUCCAGUGAAAAGUUGCUGUUCUGCUCUGAUGAUGCCGUUUAUCAGAUUGGUCCAACUGUGCCUUUCAGUGGCAUGCACACAUUGGCCUCUACCAGUAUCAUGGACAUAGAGCUUUUAGGAUUGUUUUUAGCUUUUUGUUUGUUUUGAGCCAAAUUAAAGCACCAAUCCUAGCUUUCAUCAUCCCUCACAAAUACUAAUGUGCAACAUUCUGUUGCUUUUUAGUUCUGAAAUGUUCUCUCCACUCAAGUAAUUUAGAAAUGAGUGAGUUUCCAUUAAUGUCUUCAAUCAUCUAUUAUUCAUACCCCUUUUUGAAAGGUCUGGGACCUGCAAGCACAAUGAUUAUUUCAUACAACAUACAAAAUCAGCAGAGUAGAUGACUGCAUGCUUUGUGAGGUUGCUUUAUAUGGUGGCCCGCUUGGUUCUAUAACGAAAAAAAAAAUUUCUUACUCCUUACCAGUCAGGUGAAAAAUUUUGCUGUGACACCAAGUCAUGCCUGUUUCUGAAAAAGGGCUUGUAACUUAGCUGCUUCAGAGUUAUGUCUUUAUUUUAGUUUUUAUCCAACUGGUCUUGAAAUAGUAAAGAGAGAGCUUGCAUUCAUAAGGCAUUUGUUGUAAAUGUUUGGUAUAUUUAUUUUGAAAGAGCUGACCUUGAGACUGUAAGCCAGUGUAGUACCGUAUCGAAGUGUCGUGGAAGCGCUUUAGUCUAUUUAAAAAAGAAAAGUAUCAUGUUUGGCUGCUUCUUUUCCUUUCUACAAUUUAAAUUAAUUUUAGACUGUAUGGUCAUUUCCAGUAGCAGCAUGUCAGACUGCCUGCAAUAUUAGGUGAAAAGUUUAGUAGACCUCUCUAAGUAGUUGGCAGUUUCUGUGUACUAAAUAUUUAGGGGCCAUGAAAGUUGCUAAGAGCAACAUACUAAUCUGGCAGAACAGAUGCCAAUGAAAACAACAUACAGGGUGACUUUUUACUAAGUCAGUAAAACGCCUUUUGCUCAGGUUCCAAAGCAUGUUUCUUUCACAUGUUGUGAAA